CCCAGGGUGGAAUUGUAGGAACAAACAAUGUCAAUGGUUAACCCAGGUUCUUGGUGUCUGGACCUUUUCUUUCCUUUAUUAUUAACCAGAGAACGUUUUUUCCCAGUGCUCAGCCGUGGGCACCCAGCUCACAGAUCUUCUGUGGGGAGAGUGAAUAAAGGUACUAUGGUGCCUGCUCUCCUUUUCCACCUCUGCCGCAGAGAAACCUUAGAAGGAUAACAGGGCCGUUGAAACCAACACUUCCAGAGGAUGGGAGCCUGAAAUCAAGGCGACCCUCCUCCCAAAGCCCAUGGAGAAGGCCCCUCCCUCACUACUUCCAGCUUCUGGGGGCCCCAGGUGCUGGCAGCCUGAGAGAGAGCUCGAAGGAGCAGAGAGCAAAGACCCCUGAGGUGUCUAGCUGCAGUGUUCUUACAAGAUGAAAAGGAUACGGGGUUUGGACCUGAACUUCAUUAUCUGUUACUAAGUGACUGGUUGUGAUAAGAACCUGAAGAGACCCUCCUGGGACCCAGGUCAUCGAAACCUAAAUUUGGUUCACCUUCAAGAGCUGGUUUUAACUGGAAACCCAAACCAACAGAAAGCAAGGCGCAGAGACCCAUUUCGGUGACAGGAGUCAGCUGGAUGCCCGCAGGGCGCAGGAGAGAAUGAGCUACUACGGCAGCAGCUACCCGAUCGUGAACGUGGACCCCAAGUACCCCGGGUACCCGCCGGAGCACCUGCUCGCCGAGAAGCGGCGAGCCCGCAGGCGCCUGCUGCACAAGGACGGCAGCUGCAACGUGUACUUCAAGCACAUUUUCGGAGAGUGGGGCAGCUACGUGGUGGACAUCUUCACCACCCUCGUGGACACCAAGUGGCGCCACAUGUUCGUGAUAUUCUCUCUGUCCUACAUUCUCUCCUGGUUGAUAUUUGGCUCGAUCUUUUGGCUCAUAGCCUUGCAUCACGGAGACCUGUUAAACAAUCCAGACAUCACGCCCUGCGUCGACAACGUCCAUUCUUUCACGGGGGCCUUCCUGUUCUCCCUGGAGACCCAGACCACCAUCGGCUACGGGUACCGCUGCGUCACGGAGGAGUGCUCGGUGGCCGUGCUCACGGUGAUCCUGCAGUCCAUCCUCAGCUGCAUCAUCAACACCUUCAUCAUCGGGGCCGCGCUGGCCAAGAUGGCAACCGCGCGCAAGCGGGCCCAGACCAUCCGCUUCAGCUACUUCGCGCUCAUCGGCAUGAGAGACGGGAAGCUCUGCCUCAUGUGGCGCAUCGGGGACUUCCGACCCAACCACGUGGUGGAAGGCACGGUUCGCGCCCAGCUCCUCCGCUACUCGGAGGACAGCGAAGGGCGCAUGACCAUGGCGUUCAAAGACCUGAAGCUGGUCAACGACCAGAUCAUCCUCGUCACACCGGUGACUAUUGUUCAUGAAAUUGACCACGAGAGCCCUCUGUAUGCCCUUGACCGGAAAGCAGUGGCCAAAGAUAACUUUGAGAUUUUGGUGACAUUCAUCUAUACCGGGGACUCCACGGGGACUUCCCACCAAUCCAGGAGUUCCUACGUUCCCCGGGAAAUUCUCUGGGGCCACAGGUUCAAUGAUGUCUUGGAAGUGAAGAGAAAGUACUACAAAGUGAACUGCUUACAGUUUGAGAGCAGCGUUGAGGUGUACGCGCCCUUUUGCAGUGCCAAACAACUGGACUGGAAAGACCAGCAGCUCCACAACAUAGAAAAGGCUCCCCCAGUCAGAGGAUCUGGCGGCGUGUCGGAAACCAAGGUCAGAAGAAGGUCAUUUAGUGCAGUUGCCAUUGUCAACAGCUGUGAAGGUCCGGAGGAGACCUCCACCUCCGCCAUCGAUGAGUGUAAGGAAGCACCUUAUCAGAAAGCUCUCCUGACUUUAAACAGAAUCUCUGUAGAAUCCCAGAUGUAGUCACACACUGUAAUUGCACUUAAUCAUUUUACUAUCUAGUAAUUACCUUAAGGCAAGUUUUAGUAAUGAAAAGGGCUUUAAAAGAAUGUUAUAGUUCUGUGCGAUGCUGAUGGGGAGUCAGAAGAACAGGUAAAACUUGACAAAAGAUAAUCUAAAAAUUACAUAGGGCCCAUCAUUUACACUUUUUUUUGCUAGCAAAUUUUGUAUUAGGGAUGCUACUAAUAUAAUUCAUAAGAGUCUGAUUGACUCGUAUGAAUUUCACCUGCUUUUAUUAUUCCAUCGACUUGUAUCUUGAAUUGCAGGUGUAAUAUUCAAUAAUUGGGAAGAAAGGUAAGAUGCUAGAGUACAUAAAAAGUAGAAUAGACAAUCAGCAUCAAUAGUAAUUUUAAUGUAUCAAAAUUGGUAGUAUAACGAGUGGCUUCCUAUAAAAAAUCAUAUCAUCUAACCAAGAUAUGAAGCACAUGUAUUUAGUAGGUUGCAAUGUUGAGAUAUUUAAGUGUGACAUCAAUUUUUCCAUCCGAGUCCCUUUGUGUGCCCUCAUUGUGUCUUAGCAUCAGUAAGAAGAGUCGGUGACUGUGAGAAAUAGGCAGUGCCACCAAUUCAGAUGGCUCCUCCACAGCCCCUUGCCCAGGUAAUGGUCGGUGAGUGCUAGAAGCCAUUUUUCCUCUAACCCAGGAGGCAGAAGAAAAGGUGGUAUUAUUUAGAGCAGUAUUUCUCUCAGGUGCCUUGGUUGACUCCAGCCAGGAAGGGCAGAAAUAAAGCAACCCUGACCUUGGUAGGUUUGACAAGCAGGCAUUUUAUGCCCACCUCCCACCUUCCCCAAAGACAGGGUGAGGGAACAGGAUCGUGGAGACGGGGGGAGGGAGCAGACAGCAGCUGUAAACAUACUGGGGCCGCUGGGGAAGAAAGGCGUGCGGUGUCCUAAAGUACAGCCUCUUGGACUGGCUCUGUGAGGGAUGGAACCUUUCUUUUCUCAGGGGUUGGGGGAGGCAAGGGAAAAGGUAUUAUUUGCACCCAGAAGCAGGUAUGAUGCUGCCUGUCUUGAUCACUUUACAAAACAUAAAUACCUUAAACUGUGGAUUUUAAUAAAAUUUUCUAUGGAAUUUAGAACAAUCAUUUAAACUGAAGAUUUUGGAAAAUAUAAUUAAGGAAUUUAAUGCAAGUUAUUAAAUGGAGAAGCUGAGGGUUAUAAAAUUGCUUAAAUUUGAAGACAUGGGGUACAUCUGUAUAUUUUAUUUCCAUGUUUUAAAAGAUGUUAAUCAUGACUACUUUAAAUACAGAUUCAGUCACCUGUGAUGAAGAGUCACUUUGCUUUAUAAGUUGGAGUUAUUAGCUACAUUCAGAAUUAUCUAUAUUUUUUAACAUUGUUUUUGAGUUGGCAAUCAAUAUAUGCUGUAGAUUUUUAUUUAUUUUAUUUAAAUACAUAAACACACAUAGUUCUGGCUUUUUGAAAUCUUCCUCUCUCUUUCUAUUUAAAUUAAAGCACACAGGUAAAUUGAACUAAAUUACAUACUCCAAGAUGACCAAUAGAAGUAAAAUACAUAGGUAUAUAAAGUGUUUUUCUUCUUUUUUUCUCUUUUUUGCCUUCCUCUUUCCUCUCUCCCUCCCUACCUUCCCUCCUUCCUUCCCUUCAUUCUUUCUUUUGCCUGUGAGCAACAAAGUUACUUUGUAACUGAACACGUGCAAAAUUUUUAUUUCUGUUUUUUUCAUGGAUGAGAGAUUUGUUCAGGCCACAGGUUGCAAAACUGUCUUGAUGCUUAAUGUUGGAGAGACAAAUAAUGCAUUUUUUUGCCUACUACCAUCUACUCAUGUUGUUUUGCUUUCCUUUGGUUCCUGGACUCUGUCUACCCACAACCUUACUGUGUGAGCACUGCAGUAGAGACACCAAUGUUCAAUAAGUACAUUCUGUUGUCAAAUUCUCUUACCCAGAAUAGAAUGUAAACCUGGCAUUCCCAUGUAGCAUUUAUCUCUUAUUUUCUGUUUAGAGUUUAUAACAUGCUUUGACACCCCAAGGAGUUACUUGAUAAUAAAGAUCCCCCAAAUAACACAGAAAGUGUGUACGUAUGCCUGCGUUCCAGGUGGUGUGAGCUCCGCCGCUGAGGUCAGCAGCGGGUGUGAUGCACAGCAAUGACAUCCUUUUCUCAUAGAAUUAGAAUGCAGGCAGAACUACCAGCCGUCCUCCUGGGUUUGGGACAGCUUGUCGAACAGCUGUAUCUGAAUUGCAAUUAAGUGCUCUGUCAGCACUGCAAGAAGACGCUGUGCAAAACGGCCUUUCUGGCAUCAAAUGCUGUGUCAGUGAGGAGAAGUAGGUCGACUAUUCUUUCUUGACUUCUCCCUAAAGAUGAAAUUAUUCAGUGAACUUCGGUGGAAAACCAACCGUGGCAUCAAGGCAUUGGUUUCACUCCGUGCUGUAUCCUGUCCAUAGGGCACAUGAGGGAGCCCAGGGAUGGAGAAGGAAAGUGCCAUUUUCACAGACCACCGACCUAUUCAUCGAGCUCUAUGAGGUCUUUGCACAGAUAUACUUAAUCCUUGAGGCAGAACAGUGGGUAGAUAUUUUUAAUUUUCAGGCCAUCAAAUAUCUCAUUCUGUGUGUCUUUCUAAGAGCGUCCCAAUUGGGACUGUAAUGUGUCCAGGUUAAAAAAAAAAAGUCAACUAUGCUUUUCAGUCUUCCUUGCAGCAGUGGGGUUAGGCAUGUUUGAUGUUUCCAUGACAUGGUUCUGGGCCAUGAGGUGUCAGCAGAACUCUGGAUGUGAUCUUUCAGAAAGGCUGACUUACUGGAAUGUGCCCUUCAUUCCCUGCAUCAAUCCUUUUGAACUUCACACUUGGUAGUUGCAGCUUCUGUGGGACUCAUGGGAAUGAGGACACGCCUUCUGAGGGAGGCUGGAAAAGGAGGAGAACGGGGUGCACCCCGAGAUUGCGUAGCUCCAGACUUCUGCAGGCACAAACGUGAAUGCAAUUUCUUCCUGACACAGUGAGGGGGGUACCUAAAGGCGAUUCCGCAGGGAACAAAGGCUGGCGAGGAAAAGAUGAUGUCCAUGUUAGGGCCAACUUGUACCUGACAUUGGAUGGACAGGGUCUCUGUGGAAACCACAUAGUUUCUGGGAAGUUGAGGAAAUGCCACUAUUACUGUCAAACAAACACACAAGAAUUACUUCGGCCUGGAAAUCCCUCUGAGGCACCAAUGGCUGAGUGACCUUGAUAAAAGGACUGCCUGGCCUGCUGCCUUUUAGCUCCUUCCUUCCCUUUCCCAGAGUGACACUCCGUGCUUUAAUGAGACUGUCACUGGGGCUAGGGACCUGAAAUCCACCGAGACUCAGGCUACAAAGCAGAACUCUGCUGGGACUGUGUUUCCCACCCCCAGGGAGGCCAACCACACCAACUUAUUCAAUUGUAUAAACAUCUACCAAGAAAUCUAGAUCCUUUCUGGAGAUAUUUGUAUUUCAUUACUUCUGAGUUGGCCAGGAUUUGUGCAAAGUAGAUUCUCUGGGCUGCACCUAUUUAAAAGAUUAGAAACCAACUUCUCUGUAUAAAGCAGGCUGUUAGCUCCCCUGACUAUAAGCAUUGGUUCUUCUGUUCUGAAUGUUCUGCAAGCCCUUUUGUGUGUGUGAACAUGCCUAUGUGUCUAAAUAAACUUUGCUUGUGAACUUCUA